AUGAAGACUCCAAAGGUAAUAUUCGACAACGACAGAAUUCGUGUCAGUGAUCUUCGGCUGUCUCCAGGUGAGUCGUCUAAGGUGACUUUCACGCAUCCGACGGUUCGUUGGCAGGUGGAUGAAGGGCUUGAUAAGACAGGUCCAAUCGCCGACAAACAGGUCCAUUUUCAAGAGAAUGACUCGACCUGUGAGUUGCACAAUGUGGCGCCGGAUUCUAUUCUUCGACAAGUGUGGUUCGAAAUCAAGAAAGAACCUCGAAGGUCAGAAGAAAAAACAAAGGAAAUCCUUGCAAAUGCAGUGUAUUCCACAAAUGUCGGAACGGAGCUCCUGUUCGAGAAUAGGUGGUGUCGGGUGUGGGAUUUCUGCCUUGGGAUUGGAGAAGGAGACCCAUCUACACCACAUCAUCAUGUUUUGGACUAUGUAUACAUAUAUGUUGCACCUGGAAGACUUCUUGGCUACAGGCAUGAUGGCACUCCUGGCCUCUUUGAUUCUAUUAAUGAAGAUGGUGAUGUAACAUGGAAUGAUAUUCCUGAUGGGGCAGAAUUGGAUCCAGAAUAUGCGCAUGGAGGAAAGAAUGGAUACGGUCAUUUGCCAAUGAGAGAGUAUCUUGUAGAAUUGAAAUAG